GUGGCCCUUCGUACUCUCGAUCGUACAUCGGGAACUGAACAGCCCCUUUUCCCCAUCCGUCCGCCGUUUUGCCUUAAUCGCGCUGGUCAUUGUCGGGUCCACCCGCCCCUGCAACCGUCUCUUCGUUGGUCUGGAACUCUUUUUCCUCGUUGCAAACCAUCACCAAUUCAAACGUUUAUCAAUGCAAACGUUUGAGAUUCCAAGUACUUUUCGUCGUCGUGAUUCUCUGAUUCCUCUCUUUCAUGUAUCUUGUAUAUCUAGGGUCCUUCUUUAGGGGUCUAUUAGACCGGGGGAAAAGGGAAAAUCAGAGUUUCCGUGUCUCCUUCUCUCCUGUCCGUAGGUUUUUUUAUUCACUACAAAGCAGCCGGUGAUUUUACGUCGGACUGUAACUCUGAUGUCAUGAAGCUGGUUUCAAAGAAAGCCUUGCUAAAGCAAACCAAAGAGCUUGAAGCAAAGGAGUCACAGAGAUGGACAUUUAGCCCAACAUUCUUGUCUUCACUGGAAGUAUUAUUGAAAGAUGUAAAAGCAACACUGUAUCCUAAGCCAAAUGACUAUCAAGAUCGAAGUGCAUUGAUUGUGUUCUUUGACAAGUUGGCAAAGGAGAAGUUUAAUGGUGCUGGGGAUGGUAUUCCUACUGUGGAAGCAUUUGGAUCUUUUGUGAUGGAUAUGUUCACUUCAAAAAGUGAUCUAGAUUUGUCUGUUAACUUUAGUUGUGAUGAAGCCAGAUGUCCUCGAGAAAAGCAGAUAUCCUUGCUCAGGAACUUAUCAAAGGCAUUGUUUUCUCUACAAAGGCAACAACUAAUCUCUGGUGUUACUCCUAUUCUUAGAGCUAGAGUUCCAAUUUUAAAGUGUACAGAGAGAAGAACAGGCAUUGAAUGUGACAUUUCAGUUGAAAAUAAAGAUGGUAUCGUUAGAUCUGGAAUGCUUCGGAUUAUUUCUUCAAUUGAUAAACGGUUUCGACCACUCUGUUAUUUGAUGAAAGCGUGGGCAAAAUCACAUGGAAUCAACAGCUCAAAAGACCAUACUCUGAACUCUUUGUCAAUUACUCUACUAGUUGCUUUCCAUUUCCAGACUCGGUCACCACCAAUUUUUCCUCCUUUCUCUGACUUAUUAAAAGAUGGUGUUAACAUUAAGGCAUUGAUGGAAGCUGCUCAACGGUUUCAACACUUUGGCAGCAGCAAUAAAGAAUCCUUGGCUGCGCUUUUUGUCACACUGUUGAUUAAGUUGUGGGCGGUAAAGAGUCUUUGGUCACUUGGUCUUUGUGCCAGUACAUACGAAGGAUCUUGGAUAUUGAAAGCAUCGGAUUCUGAGAGGAACAACAUGAAUGUGGAGGAAUUCACUGAACAAUCUCAGAAUGUUGCCAGAUCUGUUGGGAAGUUGCAGUUUGAGAAGAUCUACAACUGCAUAAAGGCAACACUAGAUAACAUUACAGCUUUCAGGAAAGGCCAGAUUGAUGUAACGGAACUCAAAGUCUGCCUUUUUGGGUUUGCUUUGCCAAACUACAAGGUUGACACAACACGGCAAUUAAGAGGUAAGAAGAAGUUUCCUGUUGAUGAACCAUUCUUAAUGGCCCCUCAAGGUUCAUCAAAGAGGAUGCGCUACCAAGGGGCUGACGAUAAUAAAACUUUACCAGUUGGUGGCUUGUCAUUUGAAGCAUCCCGUCUGCAUAAACCACUGGGUAAAUUUCUCCAUGCCUCCGUUGCUAAUUCCCCCAGUCUCCAUUGCUUGCAAUAUGGCCCAUCCCAUGAUAAGCCAGUGGGUCAAACGCUCUGUGCUCCUGUUACUAUUCCUUCCAGGGGCUUGCUUCAUGGCCCAGCUCAUGGUAAUAUACAUGCAGCAUUGCCACUCAAUUCUGGUAGCUUAUCUCAUGCCAUUGUUGAGAGGGGAUUCUUGCCUUGUGUAAAUCAACGGACACCUUAUCAACACAAUUCUCAUGCCUCACUUGGCAAUGAACGGCCAUCCAGUCAUAAUCUAUCUGCUGGCGGUCUUACUGGCUAUGGGUAUCACCAAACUCUGUCGGGUGGUUUGGCACCAGCUAACUUUUUCCCACCUGCAUUUAUUCCCCCAAAUCCUCAUGGUGUAUCUAGUGGCUUGGGUUCUGGUAGAGGCCGUGAUGGUCAUCAUCCACAAGAUGCUGUCUACCCUAGUCCCUACAAUUUCCAGCAUGCUUCAGUUCGUAGUGGCGUGUCCUCAGGUCAUAACAUGCAAUCAGCUAUUGCAGCCAACUGUGAUGGUGCACCACGAGCUGCAUCUAGUGGCCAUAGACCAACAAUAAACAAUGCAUUUGCAGCCAUUCCGUCUGAUGUUGCUGCUAUAUUGGGCACGCGUGUACCUCAUCAGUCAAGUUUCUAUCAGGCUUCAGGGCAGAGGUGAACCUUUAUACUUACUGGAGUUGGAGGAGGGAAUCAGUUUGGUGAUAUUGAAGUUUUCAGUGUGAUCUCUUGAUUGGUCAUCAAAACCGCAGUGGACUCCCAGCUUGGAGGUUUGCUUUCCUCUGCAGAGUGAUUCAGCUAUAAGAAGUUGGAUAUUUCAUGACUUUUGUACUAUGUUAUUGCGGGUGCAUUCUUUGUUUGAAGCGGAAAAUCUAAGUUUUAUGUUGUACUGGUUUGUAUAUGUAACAUAUUCUUUUCACAGUGUUGUGCUGGAAACGGGAAGCAUAUGAACUAAUUGUUAAA